CUGAGUUCCUUGUGGGUAAAAUGAGGAGAUCACCCUCCUCUCGGGGCCGGCAGGGGCCUGAAGGUGGUGUCGGCUCCUGGCACGGGAGGGCCCUCAGCACGGCUCACCUCCCAGCACCGCGCCCAGAGCGGCCUCCGCCAGCUCUGAUGGAAACCCUCUGGCUCGCCAAACCAGGACUCUAGAAAAAGUCCACUUCUGGGAAUCCGCCCAAAGGGAAAUUUGAGAUGAUGAAUAUGGACAUGAAGUUGGGGACAACCCUGAAGAUCAAGGGCAAGAUCGCCAACGACGCCGAAGGCUUUGUGAUUAAUCUGGGCCAGGGGGCGGAUAAGCUGAAUCUGCAUUUCAACCCACGCUUCUGUGAAUCCACUAUCGUCUGCAACUCACGGGAUGGCGACAGCUGGGGGAAGGAGCAACGGGAAAAUCACAUAUGCUUCAGCCCAGGAUCAGAGGUCAAGUUCACCGUGACCUUUGAGAGCGAUGGAUUCAAGGUGAAGCUGCCAGACGGGCACCUGCUGACCUUUCCCAACAGGCUGGGCCACAGCCACCUGAGCUACCUGAGCGUGCAGGGUGGCUUCAGCGUCUGCUCCUUCAAGCUCCAAUGAGUGGGCAGCACCUCGCCAGGCUGGAAGACCCCCAGUGCAGACUCCCUCUCUGUCACACAGGAUCGGCAGCCCAUGGGUCCUGGUUCCCCUGCCUCCCUCCCCCCCACUUUCCUCCUCCAAGACUAAGAACAAACCAACCAACCGUUGUCGUCUUUCUGUGGCAGGAACUGUGGUUAGUGUUUUCCAUGCAUUUUAGUGCUCCCAGCAUCCUCAGGAUACAGAAAAGGAAACUGAGGCAGAAAGCCGUAUGACUGCCAAAGAGGGGUUGUGACAUGCUCUCAAAACCUCUAAGCACCCACUCCUGCCUACCUGGCCCCUGUUAUCACCGGGGCGAGUGCCAAGCUGCCCUGUGGGAUUAUGGGGCAGACACUGGUCCCAGGCACCUGGGCGAGGGGCUGUUCCCGGAACUGCAGAUAAGAGCUCCCACCUGGCCUCUUACUGCGGAAGCUUCAUUCCAGGCUGGUUACUCAUUACCCCCCGCCUCGGCCCUGCCCGUCCCUGGGGGCCCUGGG